AUGCUGGCCGCCGAGCCUCCCAAGGGCCGCCGCCACCUGCCCGGCCGCCAGCUGGGAAUGCGCCGCCCGCGCCCCUGCGCGCUGUUUAUUAAUAACCAGAGCCGCGCGGGCCCCGCGCAGGCAGCGGGCAGCGCCGGGAGGGCAGGCCCCGCGUUCACCUCGUCCCGACCGGCCUGUCCCGGACUCGAGGCGGCGUCACGCUGGCUGCCCGCGGGCGAGGUAAGCUCCCUGGCCACCCGCGCCCGCGGGGCCGAGGUGGUGGGCGCAGGCGCGGUGGCGCUGCUCGCCGUCGCUAUCGCGUUCUCUGGCUCGCCUCUGCCAGAAGUUCUACAAAGGACAUUUUCUCUACAUAAAACGCAUUCUCUAAAGGACAUGGAGCAUUACGUUAAUCUGGUGAGGAAUAUUGUACCUGCUCCUUCUGCAAAGAAGCACAAAGGACAAGAUGGGAGAAUAGGCGUCGUCGGGGGCUGUCAAGAGUACACGGGAGCCCCAUACUUUGCAGCCAUCUCGGCUCUCAAAGCGGGUGCAGAUUUGGUCCACGUGUUCUGUGCCAGGGAGGCCACUCCUGUGAUCAAGUCCUACAGUCCGGAGCUGAUCGUCCACCCGAUCCUUGACAGCCGUGAUGCUGCUCAGGAGGUGGAGAAGUGGCUCCCUAGACUGCACUCCCUUGUCGUGGGACCCGGCCUAGGUAGAGACGACCUCCUUCUCAACAGUGUCGGGGGUAUUCUGGAAGUGUCCAAGGCCAGGGGUCUCCCUGUCGUCAUUGACGCGGACGGCCUGUGGCUGGUGGCUCAGCAGCCAACCCUCAUCCAAGGGUACCAGAAGGCUGUUCUCUUCUCCAACCACAUUGAGGUCAGCAGGCUCUGGGAAGCUGUGAUCAGGGAUCCUAUGGACACCAAAGAUGACAGCGGAUGUGUACUGAGACUCAGCCAGGCCCUGGGGAAUGUGACCGUGGUCCGGAAAGGAGAGCAGGACCUGAUGUCUGACGGCCAGCAGGUUCUCGUGUGCAACCAGAAAGGCAGUAGCCGCAGGUGCGGUGGGCAAGGAGACCUCUUGUCAGGCUCCCUUGGUGUCAUGGCACACUGGGCGCUCCUUGCUGGACCUGAGAGAACAGACAGCAUCAGCCCACUCCUGGUAGCUGCCUGGGGCGCUUGCACGCUUACCAGAGAGUGCAACCAGCAAGCCUUCCAGAAGCACGGCCGCUCCACCACCACCAGCGACAUGAUCACUGAGGUGGGCGCUGCCUUCAGUAAGCUCUUCCAUACCUGAGCCCGCGGUGAACAGCGAGCACCGCCCACAGGAACCCGCACCCUCCACAGCACGGGCUGCUGCCAGGCUUAGCUUUAGCUUAAACUGGCUGAUGUAAAGCAAGUCUUGUCUUGACUAAAAUACAUUUGAGCUGUA